GGACCAUUGUCAUUUUUGACUUUCAACAAAUUUCAAAAACUCACAUUUAUCAAAAUUAUUUGUGUUCUUUACCUUCCUUGAAAGAUUUCUACCAAAACGCAGAAGUACGAUGAAAUGCAGGAUGCAGAAACUGGUAAAGGACGAUGUAUGAGCAUGCAGGCCAUGCAGACAUUGUACGACCUUAGGGAGAACAACCAGCUAUGCGAUGCCAUAAUAGUCCUGGACGACGGAACGGAAAUUCCCAUCCAUCGGGCGUUAUUAUGCGCGUGCAGCUCCUACUUCAAAGCUGCCUUCACCACGUUGCUGCACAACAAAAAUGAGACCAAAGUGCAGAUCCCCGGUGUCAGCUCUGAGAUGAUGCACAUCCUCCUCAACUACGCGUACCUGAGGAAGCUCGACCUGAACAAGAAUAACGUCUUUGACGUGCUGAUUACGGCCGACUACCUGAGCAUGCUGGGCGCCUUGGAGAUGUGCUGCAAGUACCUGGAGAGCAUCCUCAGCCCGAAGAACUGCAUCGGGAUCCUCCUUUUCGCCCGUAAUCAUUUCUGCACCGAUCUCGCGCUGAUCUGUUGGCGUUAUAUCAUGAAGAACUUCAUCCAGAUAUCACAGCUAAGCGAGGAGAUCCUUAUGCUUUCGCUCAAAGACUUUCAGGAAAUCAUCAAUGCGGAUAAUCUUAAUGUGAAGAGUGAAGAAAUUGUUUGGGAGACUAUUUUAAAGUGGAUCAACCAUGAUCCGGAGCAGAGGAAGGGGCACAUUGUUGCUUUGAUGAAGUGCAUCAGGCUGGGCUUGUUGGAAACGCAGUUUUUCAUGGAAAAAGUCAAGGACCACCCGUAUGUGACGUCGUGCGAGGAGAGUCGGCCGAUGGUUAUUGAGACUUUGAAGUUCUUGUACGACCUUGAGAGGAUCAUGCACAAAAACGGCGAAGUGGUUACUCCAGAAAUAGCCCGCCCAAGACUACCCCACGAAGUCCUCUUCGCCAUUGGCGGCUGGAGCGGAGGUUCUCCCACGAACUACAUAGAAACCUACGACACUCGAGCCGACAGAUGGGUGAAAAUCGAAGAAGUGGAUCCGUCAGGACCUCGAGCUUACCACGGAACAGCAGUGGUGGGAUUCAACAUUUACGUCAUCGGAGGAUUCGAUGGAAUGGAUUAUUUCAACUCGUGCAGAUGCUUCGACCCUAUUAAAAAAGCGUGGAAAGAAAUUGCGCCCAUGCAUGCCAGAAGAUGUUACGUCAGUGUCGCUGUUCUAAACAAUAUUAUUUAUGCCAUGGGAGGGUAUGAUGGGCAUCACCGGCAAAACACUGCUGAGAAGUACGACUAUAAAACAAAUCAGUGGUCGCUGAUUGCUUCGAUGAACAUGCAACGAUCGGACGCUAGUGCUUGCACUCUUAACAACAAAAUCUACAUCACCGGCGGCUUCAACGGGCAGGAGUGCAUGCACUCCGCCGAAGUGUACGACCCCGAAGUGAACCAAUGGACGCUGAUCGCCGCCAUGCGCUCCCGCCGCUCGGGGGUGUCGUGCAUCGCCUACCACGACUACGUCUACGUCAUCGGGGGCUUCAACGGCAUCUCCCGCAUGUGCAGCGGGGAGAAGUACAACCCCCACACCAACACCUGGACGCCGGUGCCCGACAUGUACAACCCUCGCAGCAACUUCGCCAUCGAGGUCAUCGACGACAUGAUCUUCGCCAUCGGCGGUUUCAACGGUGUCACCACCAUCUACCACGUGGAGUGCUACGACGAGAAGACCAACGAGUGGUACGAGGCGACGGACAUGAAUAUUUAUAGGUCGGCCCUGUCGGCGUGCGUGGUAGAUGGGUUGCCCAACAUAGGAGAUUACAUACAUAAGCACAGAGAUAAAUUGAUGGAAGAGAAGAGGCAGAAGAUGAUAGCGUUGGAAAAUCAGCGGCAGGGGGCGGGCAAUAUCCCGAAUCCUCCUAAUCCGCCGGAAAACGUCAUUACGGCGGCACAUGGGAACUUACAGCAGCUCAAUAUUUUGCAACAGCUCAACAACAAUAACAACAAUAACGAUGCGAAUAACAACGAUAAUAAUCAGGUGAUGGCGGUGCCUCAGGAUCCGGCACUCUUGAUGGAAGUGGAGGAUGCCGACAAUGAUGCGGAGUGACUUGUGAUACUUCAUCGGGUGUUUCGAUUUUUAUUAUGGAAGGUAAUAUUCUCCAUGAACUUAUACGAUGUGGCCGUCUGUUUGAGAUCUAGUUACUAUCUAAAUGUACUAAGUAGAUAUCAUAUUAUUUUAUU